AUGCGUACGUGUAAAUGUGCGAGGCCAUCAGUAAAACUCGUCGCAUACGAUGCGUACGGUGCGGACAAAUAUUCAGAUCCAAUUAAAAAGGCCAAGAGAGUUCGAUCUUGGUACUUGUAUGAACAAUAUAAAUCUUUGGAAAAGAAUCAACUACAGGCAGCUCAAAUGUUAAAAGAUAGGUCCAGCCAGGAGAAAAUGUUACACCAGGAACUGCAGGAGCGACGUGCGAGACGAAAACUUUGUAACCAAUUCAGUCCAUGCCACAGCGAAUCUCGCUUACAAAAAAGCAUUUUUAAUGAUCCCAGAACACCAUUAAGCGCUAGCACCGACGAUUUCCUAGAAGACUUUUGCGAUAUCAACGAAUCCGACGUCACUAUUGUAAACUCAGAUAAAACAUACAGAAUUCCUUUUGAAAACCCUUUGUAUUAUGAUGAAAUUUACGACGAUAUUAAAGCUAUCAUAACCAAUAGUGAAGAAUGCGAUACAAAUAUCGUAGGAAAAGAAACAGAAGAUAGCACUUUGGAACUUAAAGCGGAAUUAGAGUUGGUAAAAAAGAAUAUCGCUGAAAAUAUUAAUUUACAAAUGGAAACUAUGAAAGAAAACAUAAAAUGCUUGGAUAAUUUAACAAAACAGUCAACUGAAGACAAAACCAAAGAAGAUCGCAGUGACGAAAUGGUUAAACAUUGUAUAGCAUGUGAAAAGACUAAGGAAUAUGACAACAAUUUACACGCGAUGUGGUCUAAAUUGGUCUCUUUUGCAUAUCAAGUAAUACAGCUGAAUAAUGGUAACUGCUAUUACGAUUGCAGUUCUCAAUUCAUGACUGCAGUGUUAGCUUGUGAUAUUCUUUGUAAAGGGCUUAAUCAAAUGUGUGAUAUUUUGCAGCCCUACGUUUCGCCAAUAAAGUAUGCAACUGAUGAGUGGGAUGCUAGCAGUCACAUAAACACCGUAUAUACCCGAUCAAAAAGCUCUAAAGCAACUCAAAAAUCAGUCCAAAAUAAGAUACGGCGAAAACAGAAAAGCAAAUCGAAAAACAGUCAGCAACAGAAAAGAAACUAUUGUAAAAGAAAAUCUCAUCGUCUUUUAGAAAAUCAGUUGUAUACGAAUGAGCAUAGAAUUUUGAUUGAACCAUGGCAUAGUGUUACUAGAUUUGCUACGAAAAUAAAUACCGAAUGUAGCGAAUCUUCUAACACUUGGCUACAUGAACAUUCUCGGACAAGGCGUCCUCAUUACUGUAAUUGUUGUCGUCUGCAUGUAGUUGUCAAUCCAAUGAUUAAAUUGUCCCGGUAUAUUGACAGUGUGCUAAAGGAUCUUGAAGAUUAA